GCUCAUUUAGAGCAGUAUAAAUACGACCCACCAGUGCCUUAACCAGUCAGUUACAACCGAAAGUGAGACCCAAACGUACUUCAAAAUGAAAUAUUUCAUUGUAAUCCUGGCAGCUGUUGUACUUGCUCAGGCAGCUGACGACGACUGGGUACCCAAAACUCCCGAAGAGUUCAACGCUAUACGCAGAGAAUGCCACAAGGAGUUUCCCUUUAGUAAAGAAUUGCAGAAACAGGAGGACAAUCUAGAUUUUUCUGAUGAUGAGACAGUACGCAAAUAUGAAGUAUGUGUUUUCAGGAAAUGGGGCAUAAUAGACGCGGAAGAUAACUUCCAUGGCGAGCGCUUAGUAAAGCAAUUCGAUGCUGUAUUAGACGAAGUAGAAAAUAUUGAGCAAAAAGUGAAUAACUGCGUGGAUAAGAAUGAGCAGGGUAGCCCUAUUGAUGUGUAUGCCUCCCGAAUUCAAAGGUGUAUUGAUAAAACUGAUAUUGCUCCCAACCUAUUAAAAGUUAUAGGGAAACUAUAAGAAAUGCUGUAUUUACACAGUUAAAUCUGGUAAAUUUGUAUUUACAUAGCAUUUUACCAAAAAAGACAAGAAUAAAAUAAAAUUUAUAAGAUGUCUUCUGCAGUAA